GGUCAGUGCCUCCUCCUAUAAAUUGCUUCACACUGCUAAAUUCUCCUGUGAGGAUAAGUUCACUCACAGACGACAAACAUGAGGAGCACCGUGGGGAGCAUUCUGCUUUUGGUGUUUGUUAUUGCUUCAGCUCAAGUACCAAAGAAAUGUCCUGCACCUUUGGAGUACCCGCACACCAGACUGGAGCAGACGUACAGCAGCAGACAGACGUUCAGCCACAUGAUGAAGGUUUAUUAUCGCUGUUUAGAAGACUUCACUCCAUACAAAGGCAACAUGAUAGUUCAGUGUGUCGAUGGAUCAUGGACCAAACUGACACUGAAGUGCGAAAAGAGAUCAUGUGGUAAUGCUGGGGAUCUACCCAAUGGACACUUCAAUUACGAGGGGAAUUCAGUCGUCGGGGAGAAAGUUUAUGCAGUCUGCAACGAGGGCUACACCCUGAAAGGACUUGGCUACAUGACAUGCAAGAAGUCUGGCUGGACCGGAGAAUUCCCGUCGUGUGAAGAGGGAGCGGCCACCUGCUCCAACCCCGCAGUGGAAAAUUCUGUGAGCAGCAUUAGAAAUGUUGCUGUGUACCAUCUGGGAGAAAAUGUAAACUUCACUUGCAGUCGGGGUUUCGAGCUGAAUGGCGCUCAGCGGAUCACCUGUGGUCCUGGAGGCCAGUGGCAGCCCGAGCCCCCCCGAUGUCUGCCGUCACCUGACAAAUCUCAGUUACCUGAAAAAGAAGGUGGAUGUGGUGUGCCGGUGACCGAUCAGAACUCCAACGCAAACCUUGCCGACAAAUACAUCACAAUGCCAUCUUUCUCCUCUGGUGACAAGGUGUUAUACGUGUGUGAUGUCGGAUACACUCAAGCAGGUGGAAGCAGAUAUCGCAGGUGUAGCGAGGGGAAGUGGUCGCCUCUGAGGCUCAAAUGCGAACGAAAGUCCUGUGGCUCUGCAGGAGAGAUUAUAUUUGGACAGUUUACAUACACAGGAGUUCAGUUUGGAGACAUUGCUACAGCUGAGUGUGAUGAGGGGUUUUAUCUGGUGGGACGAGCACACAGGACCUGCAUGAGCGAGGGCUGGGAUGGACGUGUUCCAGUCUGUGAAGCUGUGGAUUGUGAAGCUCCUCCACAAGUGAAAAACGCAGACAUGAUCGGCCCCAUGGAGCCAUCGUACACAUACAGGACAGUGAUUAGCUACCAGUGUCAGGUGGGGAUCCUUGUCGGAAAAAAGGAGCUCUGGUGCACCAAGGACGGGAAGUGGAGUCACCCCCCUCCGACAUGCAAAGAGAUAACAUGUCCAUCUCCGAAUGUGCCACGCGCCUUCUGGACAAGAGCUCACAAGAAGGUGCAUCAGCCCAGGGACAAUUUAUCCAUUGAGUGUAACCGUGGUUACAUCAUGUCAGGUCCGAAAACUGUCACCUGUGGAAUUGAUGGACGAUGGCUGCCCGCCCUUCCUAAGUGCAUUCGCAGAUAUGCUCAACACAGGGGCUAAUUCAGUCGCUGAGAGGUGAACCUAGCAUAUACAUUUCCACCUGGUUAAACGGCUUGCACUCAGUCAGCGGAGGAUGAAAACAUAAAGUUAAGCAAAGCUACAUGUCAGCCUUCUGUGAGAAAUGAUUCUACUUUGUACAACCUUUUCAUAAUGCACCAUGUUCGAUAUCUAAAACCUGUAUAGAGUCAUUGCACAGACAUUAAAGUAUGCCUCAAAUGGA